AUGGUCGUGGUGGUCGCUCACUUGCUUGCAAAUGAGACUGCGCCUAGCGUCCACUUGCUGGCACUCAACUCUCACCUGUGGCUCCACGUAGCUGGGCUCUGCUCAGCGGCCACACCCCGGGCAACAGUCUCGACCGGCGGGCUAAACCAGGUGAGGGGGCCCUGUGCGCUGUGCCGUGUGCACAGGGUUUGCGGAUUCCGCUGGAUGGAAGGUCGGAUGGAACCUUGCGUCGGCACCGUCAUGACGUGGUUCGUCUCUGCACGUCGCUUGACAGCCGGUGACGGGAUGGAUCUCCAUAUGGACAUCGCCUUGACGCGCCCACCCUCGCCGACGGAGACCGCGGCUUACGGCGAAUUCGAGUCGCUCUCCACUACAACCCGAAGUCGUGGUCCCAUAGUGGGGUUCGGCCGUGCCACAACGGCACAUGGCAGCCCUAUUCAGGGAUGGCACUGCCAGCCCCCACGAGGGGAAGGGCCUAGAAAAGGUGGCCUAAACAUUGCUGGGUAGCACGCCGUCUCCAGGCUAGCCAGGGCCGCAGACGUCUAAACAUGGUCGAAACAAUCAAAAUCGAAACAACAACAAUAUCAAUAACAACAACAACCAUACUCAUUCUCCUCAUCCUACCUCUUCUUCCUCUACCUCCGUCUAUUCUUCUGCCUAUUCUUCUCCUUCGUCAUCUUCUCCUCCAUCUCCUUCCCGUCGCCCCACUCGUUGUCACCAGACUGGCAGGGGGAGCGCGCUCACUCUGGCAGCCCAGAAUGUUCGUUCCCUUCUAGACAAUCCGAGGAGCAACCGACCGGAGCGGAGGACGGCGCGAGUGGCACGAGAACUGGCGCGCUACAAGGUGGACAUCGCCGCACUCAGCGAGACCCGUUUCUCCGAACAAGGCCAACUGGAGGAGGUGGGUGCUGGCUACACCUUCUUCUGGAGCGGUCGACCCAGGGCAGAGCGACGGGACGCGGGCGUCGCCUUCGCCAUUCGGAAUGACAUCGUGUGA